UUCAUAAAGAAAUAUUCACGACUUAUUGUUCGAACAAAGUAUCAAUGUCUCGCCAGUACUAAUCAUUAAUCUUAUAUGACGUCAGUAUAAAAGCUUACACAUCGGACAUAUUAUGUUAUAAAACUGUCAUACAAACAGUUAUCUACUGCGACUCGUAGUAACCAUAUCAGUGCGCUAAAUCAAGUUUCGACAGGCAUUUUGCAGACAAAUUGCAACAACAAUUUGCAAUAAUAAUGGAAUACUGGUUAAUACUGUUAUCAAUCGUGAUUGGUACAUUAAGUAUUCAUUAUCUGUUUAAAAAUUACAAUUUUUUUAAAAGACACAAUGUCAUUCACAUACCGUCUGUUGCAAUACUGGGCGACAUGACAUCACUUGUAUUUCGCAGAAUUUCGUUCUUCGAUUUAAUGUGCAAGAUAUAUAAUUUCAAUCCAGACGCAAAAUAUAUUGGAUUCUAUGCCACGACAAAUCCGAUUUUUCUACUUCGUGAUCCAGAAAUAGUUAAGUCCAUCCUUGUGAAGAAUUUCGAAGCGUUUCCUGAUCGUCGCGGUUUCAAUGAUCUCAACGAUCCUUUGCUUGUGGACAAUUUGUUUUCUCUUCACGGACAAAAGUGGCGGGAUGUGCGAACUCUAUUAAGUCCCUCUUUUACAUCCAGUAAGAUGAAAAUGAUGUUCACCUUGAUGUCGGAAUGCGCUAUGGACUUUGCUAAUUUUCUUUCCACGAUAUCAGUGGAAAACAAUGACAUGGACAUGAAAGACGUCUUCACUAAAUAUACGACUGACGUCAUCGCUACAUGUGCUUUUGGAAUCAAGAUCAAUUCUAUGAAGGAUCCAAAGAACAAGUUUUAUGUUUAUGGUAAAGAGGCGACCAACAUCUUUGGUCUCAAAUCUCUUUUUCUCAUAAGUUUCCCAACGCUCGGGCGAAUUUUUAAUGUAAAACUUAUAAGUAAUCACGUGUCGGAUUUCUUCAAAGAUAUUAUAAGAACUACUAUCGCUACGCGUGAUGCCGAGAACAUUAUUCGUCCGGAUAUGAUACAAUUGAUGAUGGAUAUUAGAGGUAAAGAAGGUCGGAGAGAGCUUGAUAUCGAUGACAUGACUGCGCAAGCGUUUGUUUUUUUCUUCGGUGGUUUCGAUACUACUUCAACUGCAAUGUGCUUCGCAGCUCACGAACUUGCGGUUAACCCAGACGUUCAGAACAAGUUGCGGCAAGAAAUCGACAAAAUACUGGAAGAAUCAAACGGAGAAAUAACUUAUGAAAUUAUUAACCGGUUUGAAUAUUUAGACCUAGUGAUAAAUGAGACCCUCAGAUUAUAUCCACCGGUCGGCCUUUUAGAUAGAUUAUGCGACAAGUCUUAUGAAUUGCCACCCGCAUUACCGGGCGAGAAACCUUUUAUUAUGGAGAAGGGUAUGACUGUUUGGAUUCCGGUUUAUGCGAUCCAUCAUGAUGCAAAGUAUUAUGAUGAUCCCGAAAAGUUUCGUCCUGAAAGAUUUUUAGACAAUAAGAUGUAUCACAACUCUCCAUACUAUAUGCCAUUUGGAUUAGGACCGAGAAUGUGUAUAGCGAAUAGAUUUGCUAUGCUAGAGGUGAAAGUCUUACUUUUUCAUCUAUUAGCACGAUGUGAGCUGAAACCUUGUGCGAAAACUAUGUUGCCAAUAAAAUUCAGCAAGAAUAGUACAAUGAUGCCGGAAAAUGGAUUUUGGUUGAAUGUUCAGCGUAGAAGCGACAUGAAUCCUGUCUUUGAAUCUACUUGAUUAGAGGCAUUAUUAAUUCUUAGAAAAUAUUUUUAAAAAAUUACAAAUAUUUUACUAAAUCAUUAUAUUAUACUACUAAUGAUAAUCAUAACAUAUUUAUAAUACAAUUGCCAUCGUAGUGUAAUAUAACUUUUGUGCGCCAUUACAGGUUAUUUCAUAUAUUGUUAGCAUUUGUAAAAAAUUGUUCUUGUUUUGUUUUUUUUUCGUUAAUUCGUGUUAUAAACACCUGCAAAAACAUCUGUUAGGAUAAAUAUUAAUAAUGAAUAAUUGUUUAAUUUGUUGGAA